AUGGAAACAAUGGAGAUUGAAAGGACAAAUACAUUAAAAAUACCGAUUGUCGAAGAAAUCAUUGAAAAAUUAAAAAGCAACAAUUUGAAUGAGUACGAGUAUCUGUGGAGAUAUGCAGAAGAACUUAAAUCUAGCAAUCCCGGAUCAACAGUUGAGAUUAUGGUGACAAGAGGGGAGUUGUUAACUGCGGUCGGUAUAGAUGGCAACAACCAAAAGUACCCCAUUGCAUGGGCUGUUGUAGAAUCUGAGAGUACAGACUCAUGGAUAUGGUUUUUUGACCUCUUAUUGAAAGACAUUGGUUUCUCUGAUGGUUUUGGUUUAACCAUUAUUUCAGACAUGCAGAAGGGACUAGUAGAAGCAGUUGGACUUGUUUUUCCUGAGGCUGAGCAUAGGUUAUGUGCGAGGCACUGGUAUAAUAAUUGGUCCACAAAAUGCAAAGGUGAUGCUCUAAGAAAUCAGUUUUGGAAUUGUGCAAACACUACUUAUCCUGAAAAACUAGACUUAAAUAUUCCAAAGCUUGAUACCAUUAUGGACGGUGCUGCCAAAAGAGCUAUUUCUAUACCCGUACAAAAAUGGACUAAGGCCUUUAUUAAUGCGACACCCAAAUGCGAUAUAAUUGAAAAUAACACGUGUGAGAGUUUUAUUUCGUCAAUCUUGAGUUUGAGUGCGAUGGAGGAAUCUAUUAUUACUUUGCUAGAAUUGAUAAGGGUGAUGAUUAUGAAAAGGAUAGCUUGUGCUAGAAGAUUCGUAAAGAAAUGGCAUCAGAAUAUAUCACCUAAUGCUAAAAGAUUACUUGAAUUGCGAAAAUCUGAAUGCCAUGAAUGGCACACGGUUUUCAAUGGAGGGUAUGGUUAUGAAGUAAGCUUUGGUGAUAGUGGUUUUAGAAAUAGACAAGCAAUUGAUAUUAGGGAUAGUUGCUCAUGUAGACUUUGGAACAUAAGUGGCAUUCCUUGUACACAUGUUCUUUGUGCAAUCUAUUAUUCUCACCUUAAUUUGGAGGAUUAUAUUUCUCAUUGGUAUAAGAAAGAUACUUAUGUAAAAGCAUAUCAGUUUGGAAUACAAAAUUUGAGAGGCAUUGAGUCUUGGGUCAGCGAUAAUCAGUACAAAGUUUUACCGCCAAAUGUGGGAAGACCACCUCUUGGUAGGCCAAAGAUUGUUCGAAGAGAAGUGAGGGAAUAA